UCUAAUAAAUGGUUAAGCUCUUUCCAGAGAAAUUCAACAACCGAAUUUAACGACAAAGACCAAUUUAAGUGAGCUUGGCCUGGUGGCAGCAAAAAGCUGGCUUACCUUCGUCGACAAGAGCCGCCGCUUUACGCAGCGGAAGUGAAACACAGAAUGCCAUAGCUCGCGGCCAAAUUGGGCUCUAGUGGCUGUGGAUUUCAAUCGGUAGGGUUUUAAUUUGGUAUUGACUUAAAUUCCCUUUAAACCCUGAUUUUAACGGCUUACAAACGGCAGGCCACUUGAUAGGUCAUAAACUGUACUCUUUUAUCCCGGAUUAAAUACAAAACAUCCAACAACUAUCUCCCUGCCCAUGGGGGGCUUCUGAUAUUUUUGUUAACCUUAAAGGCAAAAUUUUUAACAUACGCCGAACCCCUAAUUCCAGCACUCUUCUUCAGCGUUACACUGCCACUCUGCGUAAAGACAUCAUCGCCGGCCACCACAAGAAUGCCGUAACUCGAAUUAGGAGUUUAUUAUUACAUAGGAAAGAAAGGAGAAACAAUAUGGGUCGUCGUGAUCAAAGGAAAGAAGCUCGAUUAGCUAAGAAUCAAAGAAAGCACCAAGCUUGGAUGGAGCAUCAGAAAUCCCAGAAAUUGAAGAGAAUAAACAAGGAUGUUAAGUUAAAACAUGGGAAAAAAUCACAAGGUUUAUUCGCGCAGACUAAUUCUGAGGAAAAUCAGAGCUUGAAGGAAUUGAUUUUAUCAGAAGAAGAUGAAGUGAAGUUGAAUUGUUUGUGCCAAAAGGAGUCUACAUCAUCUAAGAAAACAAAGAGACGAAAGAAGGAUCUCGAUAAGGGAGCUCGGAAAACAAAGUUUGAAGAAUUUCUUAAAUUGGAUGUGCCGAAUUCUAGCAUAAGUGCAGAGGAAGAUUUGGAAUUAGAGAAGAAACUUGCAAAGAAACUCAAGGUGAAAAAUGGAAAAAUAAGGGGAGAGGAUGAUGCCUUAAAUGUUUUGUUUGAAGGAAUUCCAUCUGUUUUCCAUUCCUCCGUGGAAGAAGAAGAUAAUUCCAAGGCUGAAGAACAACCUGCCAAGAAGAAACGCAAGAAGCAAAAGUCAUUGGAACAGGAACUAGAAGGUGAGAGUGAAGGUGAUUUAGAAGUUGAAAUGCCCAAGUCAGAGGAAACCAAUGGCGCAGAUGUGGCUUUGGAAGAAGUUCCUACCAAGAUAGGUUCGCGAAAGAGGAAGAAAAAAAAGUUGUCAGAGCAAGCACAAGACAAUGUGGUCUCUGAGACUGCUGGUGCUGUCUCCAAUCCUGUGGAAACUCAGGAUGCAGAGGUGGCUUUGGUGGAAAGUACUGCCAGGGAACCCACAUUGGAAAGCAGUGUAAGGUAUGUUCCUCCUCACUUGAGAUCACGUGCAGGAAAUGAGUCAGAAGAGCAUACUCAAAUCCGUAGAAGGGUUCGAGGUCUUUUGAAUAGAUUGUCUGAAUCUAAUGUGGAAUCAAUUACAGGAGAAAUGUCAACAGUCUUUCUUUCUGUUGGCCGCAGUGUUGGUUCUAAGAUUAUCAGUGAGGAGCUGUUGGCUUCUUGUUCUACCGGUCCUCGUGGCAAUGAACAGUAUGCUGCUGUUUUUGCAGCUUUUGUUGCAGGCUUGGCAUGUUUGUUAGGAAUUGACUUCAGUGCAAAGCUUAUGGCUUCACUUGCUCAGUCUUUUGAGAAUGAGUACCUCAAAAAGGACAAUAUUUCCUUGCGAAAUCUUACUCUUCUGCUCUCCUACUUAUGCAUAUUUGGAGUUUUCUCAAGUGAGUUGAUAUAUGACUUUCUCAUCACGUUGAGCAAGCGUUUAGCAGAGAUUGAUGUCUCUACCAUCUUGACAAUUUUGCAAUGCUGUGGCAUAAAAAUAAGGGGCGAUGAUCCUGUUGCUAUGAAAGAUUUUAUUCUUAGUGUUCAGAAUAAGGUAAACGAGUUGAAGGCUUCCCCUGGAGAUGGCCAGAAAAAUAUAAAUAGCAAAAGAAUGGAGUUCAUGCUUGAAACCAUAUGUGACAUCAAAAACAACAAAAAAAGGCCUAAGGAGGAUACUGUGCAACACACACGGAUAAAGAAAUGGCUACAAAAGUUAAGAGUUGAGGAUAUUUUAAUAAGGGGACUAACAUGGAGCAAGCUUCUUGAUCCUGACAAAAAGGGUCAGUGGUGGUUGUCUGGGGAUACGGCAGCCCAAGCAGAAAAUGAAGUAGAGGUUGCUAGAACAAUUGACAAAGAGGUUCUUGAAGCCCAGAAAAUGCUGCAGCUUGCUGCUGCUAUGGGAAUGAAUACUGAAAAUAGAAAGGCAAUCUUUUGUAUUAUAAUGACUGGAGAGGAUUACAUCGAUACAAUUGAGAAGCUUUUAAGACUGGAUUUGCCUGCAAAGCAGGACCGAGAGAUUAUACGGGUUCUUCUAGUGUGCUGUUUGCAUGAGAAACAUUUCAAUAAAUAUUACACAAUACUGGCAUCCAAGUUGUGUGAGCACGACAAAAAUCACAAGUUUACCUUGCAGUAUUGCAUUUGGGACUACUUCAAUGAGCUGGAGUCAAUGCCACUUAUAAAAUCAAUGCACCUUGCCAAGUUUGUGGCAGAUAUGAUUGCGUCGUUCAAUCUCUCACUUGGGGUUUUGAAACCUGUCGACUUCAGCAGCUCCAUUGUGCUAAACAAGAAAAGGGUUGUGCAUUUUAGGAUGCUAUUUGAAUACAUAUUUGAGUAUCCUGAUGAUCUCGUAUCAAAAAUUUUUGAUCGAAUAUCUGUCAACCCCGAUCUUGAAAUUCUUCGAGAUGGCAUAAUGUUUUUCAUGAAAGAGUAUGUUGUGAGAGCUAACAAAGAACUCACUAGUAAAUUCAAGAUCGUAAAGAAAGUUCUUAAAUAUGUACCUGUUCUUAUGUGAGUUUGAUCAGUACAUUAAUUAUAUAUGCCAAGCCCAGAUUUUGUAGUUCAAUUUUGCCUAUUUAGUAGUCAGUUUCUUUCAGGAAGUAGCAAUUUUUUCAGAAUUACCAGAAUGAGUUAUUCAUUUUGACAUGGAGGAAUGUAUUUGAUUCAAACAAUUCAUUCUGUCUUAUCUUCUUUUGUCAUAUUUCUGGUGAACAAUUCAUUUUCUUCUUCAGUAUUAAACAUUUUCUUUUACCAAUUAUAGAAGAGAAAGUCCUCGUGCAGUUUGUCCA